AAUAAUAUCAAUUAAUUUUCGGAAAAAUAGUCUUCUCCGAGAAUAGCGAACGUCGGGCGAACAUCAGCCAUUGUUCCGUUCGCCUGUUUUAAAUAUUUUUAUGCGAUUCAAAUGUAAAUUUUAAAACCAGUAUUUGUAAUAUAAAUUAGCGGAUAGCCAUUCUUCACUAUGGCUCUUCCAAGCUACAAGAAUCCACCCACUGUUUCUCAGAGUACACCACAACGCUCUGGGCGUGGUUAUUCUAAUUCCAGUCAGUCAGCAUCUGGUGGGGGUUGUUCUUCGUCCAGCAGUAGUCCAUUUUACUUUAGUGGACAAGGCCAUCCCUCUUUCACUCCCAUCCGUGUUGGCUCCAAAGCUAUAACGUUAAUAAAGAGACCCACAGACAAACAUUUGAACGAUGCCAAAAUUCCCAAACCACCAAAACCUCCAGAUAAGCCUCUUAUGCCAUAUAUGAGAUACAGCCGUAAGGUAUGGGACUCAGUAAAGGGAGCCAACCCAGACCUAAAAUUAUGGGAAAUUGGUAAAAUCAUUGGACAGAUGUGGCGGGAAUUGUCCGAAAAAGAGAAACAGGAGUAUAUGGAUGAAUACGAAGCAGAGAAGAUCCAGUACAACGAAGCAAUGAAAGCCUACCACAAUUCUCCCGGUUACCAGGCAUGGAUUGCUGCAAAGGGAAGACUCAAAAAUAUUGCCGAAACUGAAGAUGAAGAACGAGAAAAACCUCGACAACAGAAUACUUUGCCCGACAAAAGUAACUUGAAUUCCAGUAAAAACGGUUAUGAUGGGAUUAUAGAGAAAGAAGUAGCUGGAAGGGGACCAAGACGAGUAAGACAGUCCAAAUCUGAUUCACCCAGGAUUAGCAUACAACCUGCAGAUGAUGAAGAUGAUUUUGAUGAUGGUCUUUCUGUGAAGCAUAUUGCCCAUGCUCGUUAUUUGAGGAACCACCGUCUCAUUAAUGAAAUAUUCAGUGAAACUAUGGUUCCUGAUGUUCGCACAGUUAUUAUGUCUACUCGGAUGAGCGUCCUGCGGAAGCAAGUCUCUUCUUUAACCAACCAUCAGAAAAAACUGGAAUCUGAACUCAAGUUGAUUGAAGAUAGACAUGAAGCAAAGAAGAGGAAAUUCAUAGAAAGCAGCGAAUCUUUCCAUGAAGAUUUAAAGAAACUGUGUGAAAGCAAACCACAGAUCACAGAUGAAGUAUUUGCUAAUAUGCUUGCAAAGGUCAAGGAAGAGCUUCGUCAACGGCAUGCACAGUUUCUGCAACAACAGCAGCAGGCAAAGACUGCUGCUGCUUUACAUCAACAGUUACCAUUGUCAUCAUCACCACAGCAACCUCCGUCAACGCCAACACCCCCAGUUGCUUCCAGUAUGUCACCUGCCACUCCUGGAAGUUCAUCAGCAGCAACGCCUGGCCCACCAGAUUUGGACAUGCAGGAGAGUGAAAUUUCAAUGAAACCUAAAGACGAAGAAAAAUGUGACACAGUUGAGAAAAUGGAAAUUGAAGAAUCAAAGAGCAAUGUGGAUUCUACAUCAAGUGAUAAACCCGAACCGUCUGAAGUGACUAAAGAAGAAGAGGAGUUAGAAACGCCAGUAACACCAGCAGCACCUGCUGCAGUUGCUGCAGUGUUGAAGACAGAAGAGGCUGAACCACUUCCAGAACCUAAGACUCCUGUUUCAACUUCAGAAUCAACUACACCACCUGCGCCAUCAACGACGACUGAAGAACCCGCAUCAGCCCCUCCAGAAACUCCUGUAGAUGAAUCUGAUAAAAUUGAAAAUCCUUCCCAGCCGCCGCCGCAGGUCACUGAGGAGAAAGCAGCAGUAGCCCCAGCAGCAGCAGCAGCAAUAGCCCCACCAGCAGCAGCAGUAGCCCCACCAGCAGAACCAGUUGCCACAGAGACUACAGUUCCUGAAAAAGAAGCUGUCAGUGAAGAAAAGCCACCUCAGACAACAGAAGUACCUCCUGAUAGCAGUCCUUCUAGUGUUGCUACUCCCGCUCCUGCCUCUGCUCCCGCCCCUGCUCUGUUAGAGAAUAUUGCCCCUGAAGCUACUACUGUCAGUGGGGACAGUGAGGAGACGACAGCCACCAGUGAGAAGACACCUACUCCACCCCCUCCUUCAUCAUCGCCAGCUCCUGCCCUUUCAGCUUCCUCCACCACUACUACUACUACAACCACUUCUACUACUGUUGAUACUACUACUCCUACUACUACUCCUACUACUACUACUACUCCUACUACUACUGCUGCUGCUACUGCUGCCAUCACCACCACUACCCCAACCACUGCCACCACUGCUGUCACUUCUACCACUGCCAUCACUACCGCCACCACUACCACUACCGCCGCUGCCACCACCACCACCACCACCACUACAGACACCCCUACCACUGCUCCUCCUGUUUCUGCUGCUUCUGAAGCUCCAGAAACCAAACCUGAUAAUCCAGCCACUUCAGAGCUUGACAAAGUUAAGCAGCAGACUAAUCUUUCAGUAUUCACCAUGAAACUGCAGAGAAGAAAUUUUCGAGCCAUGAUGUUCCUGCAUUACUCGAAAGGGAAAAGUGCAGCUGACAGUCAUGAAAUUUUGUAUCGAUUAUUUCAGGAUUUAAGUCCCUCUUACAGUACAGUUAAAUUCUGGUUUGGAGAAUUUAGACGUGGUAAAGAAGAUCUGGAAGAUGACCAAAGAACUAGCCGCCCAAACACUUCAAUACUCGCUGAAAAUAUUGAAGUUAUAGAGGCAAUGUUGAAUAGUGAUAAAAGAUUGACACCUAAAGAAAUAGAAGGUACCUUAAGCAUUGGAUCAGGAAAUGUCAAAUGGAUUCUACAGAAUCAUAUGCAUUUAAAACAGCAUAGUUGCUGUUGGAUUCCACAAACUCUUAAUGAAAUGCAAAAGCAGGCUCGAGUGGAAUGGUGUCAUUAUAUGCUGAAAAAAUUUGAAAAUGGAGGUUCUCCUAAGGUCUGGGAUAUUGUUGUAGAAGACCAGAUUUGGCUUUAUCAAUAUGAACCUGAAACAAAACGGCAGGCUUCUGUAUGGGUCUUUCCAGAUGAAGACCCGCCUUUAAAACUGAAAAGGCCUCGAAGUGUUGGGAAAACAAUGAUGGCAACUUAUUUCCAAAGAAGUGGUUAUUUAGUGACCACGUCUUUGACAGACAGGGAAAUAGUCAGUGCACAGUGGUACGUGACCAAGUGUUUACCCCAGUUGUUUGAAGCAAUCAAAUUGAAGCGCCCAGACUCUGGUCUCCGGGGCAUUCUCCUCCACCAUGAUGACACUCGUAUCAAUACUGCUGCAGCAACACUCGACUUGCUAGCUGAAAACCACGUGCAGAUAAUCUCUCACCCUGGCUCUAGCCCUGAUCUGUCACCUUGUGAUUAUUUUUUGUUCUCCAAAGUGAAAGAAAAGCUGAGGGGCAUUCGAUUUGAGAGCCCUGAAGAAGCUGUCCAGGCACUGGUUAACCAAAUGUCUCAACUGUCCAAUUUUGAAUGGACUCAGUGUUUUUCAAAUUGGUUUAAAAGAAUGAAAACUUGUAUAGAUUGUGAGGGGGAUUAUUUUGAAAAAACCUGAUUACUUUUUUUCUUUUCAUUUUUUUUUUUAUUUUGGAAACAAACAAAAAAACGACCAACUAACAAACAAACAAACAAAACUACAAAAAACAAACAGUUUUUGUUGUAAGGUGUUGAGGACAGGAACUCUCUGAAUGUUAACUGUACAUAGCCCACUAUUAAUAUUUAUUAUUAUUAUUAUCAUUAUUAUAGUUUAACAUUACUACUAUUAGGCAAAUUGAUAUAUCUUCACUCAGAUUUUUUUCUAUUAACAUUAUAUAUAUGUGUAUAUAUAUAUAAUAAUAAUAAUAAACUAACAACAUAGUUGUUUAACUCGUUUCCCUCCCCUGCCACCUCCUCCCUCCCUCUUCCCAACCUUAAAAAAAAAACAAAAAAAAAAAAGAAAGAAAGCUACUAGUUUUCUCUCCUGAGUUAGCGUUUUUCAUUAGGGAGUCGACCAAUGAAAUUUACUUUCAACUUGUAUUGCUGUUAUCUUCUCUUUCAGAAUCAGAGGCAGCGACAGAGAAAGAGACAACUGUGUCUCCAAAUAAUGCCUUGCAAGCUGAGCAGUGGAACGGUGUGAAGGACAGCACUGAGGCUACUUCAGAGGGAACGGCUGAUAGUGAGGAAAGCAACAAAUGAUUGGAAUCAAAACUAGUUCUACUUCAUAGAUAUCAGUUUUUUAUUCAGUAUGAAUCAUAAUAACGAUAAUAAUAAUAAUUAAAAAAAGAAAGAAGAAAAAAAAGAAGACAAAACCAUAAACAAACUUUUAUCCUUAUUCCCACUUUCUUGGUUAUUUCAGCUUCAAGUUGAUAAAAAGAUCUCCCAAAAUCCUCCUCUUUUAUUUUUUUUUUUCAUUUAUUUUUGGUAGUUCCUUUUUUUUUUUUUUAUUCUGAACUACAACUACUUUGGUUGUUACUGUGUAUGCAUGACUAUGAUUUCAGAUGUAGCUCCACCACCCAGCUAGCUACUACUGCUACUACUACUUCUACUACUACCACUACUAUAUACCACUACUACCAAAAGCAUGUACUACUGGAUAAAGGACCUUCUUCCCGAAUAUAAAACUAACAUAUAUAUGCUUUCACUCACACAUAUGCACACACACAUACUCAUACAUACAUACAUACAUACACACGUGCAAACAUGCACAGUGAGAUAGUUCUGCAUGUCACAUUCUAUAAUGUAUAUAUAUGUGCGUGUACACACACACACACAAACAAACAAAUAUAUACAAUAAGGUACAUGAAAUUAAUUGAAUGUAUUCAUGACUAAGGCUUCGCUUGUGUUAAGGACAUUGGUGAUAUUUCAUUUUAGACAAUAGGGCAUUUUACAUUCAUUAUUAUCAUAACUUUAUGACAAUUAUCAUUUAUUAAGAUACUAUUAUUAUUAUUAUUUACUUGAGGGCUAUGUUGUUUUAAUACUUCUGAAAGUUCCUGAACUCAAUUCCUCUUAAGACUAUUGUAUUUUUUAAACUUGACAUAUUUCUUAUUGAAAAAUUUUUUUUAUGUUACCUCACCUGUAUAUGCUAUCAAUCUGCUAAUUGUAUUUAUCCAUGUAACUUUGCAGUAGAUCUUUCCGAAUGUCUUGCCUAUCAUUCCUACCUACAGCUGGAGGAGUUGAAUAUUGAAAUAUGGAAUGGUGUUGGUGCCAUUGCUGUGCUGAUUAUAAAAAAAAACAAAAAAAGAAAGAAAAGAAAAUAUACCCUUUUUUUUUCUCUUUCUCUCUCUCUCUCUCUCAAGACAAUUCUCUUUAAGCUACACACUGCCCGGGGAGGAAAACCAAUAUUAUUAUUUUUAUUAUUAUAAUUAUCUGUUGUGUAUGAUGCUGUAUGAUCAUGUAUGAUGCUCAGAGAUACUUUAUACAACUCAAUUCAUUUAGACUGCCAGUCUGUGAACUCUUAUAAUAAUAAUGAUAAUAAUAAUAACAAGCAAGAUUUUAAUUUUUUUAAAUUAAUUAAUCAAUUAGUAUUUAAUGAACACUAGAAAAUUUUAACUGAAAAAUGGAAAAGUUUUUUUUUUGUUUUUUUUUUAACUAUAAUUUUACACUUUUACACACUUGUUCAGCUUUUAUUAAUACAACUUAUAAAAGAUAUAUUUAGAAGUGGGGAAACAUAAAAAAAAAAAAGAAACAAAAUAAGAUGAAAUUUGCCGACAUUUUUUUUGUUUUUUGCAUCCAUUUGGGAUGAUGAAAUAGAAUUAUUCCAAAAGAUGGAGCUGACUGGGUUUGGAAUGAGAAGUCUUUGGAACUACUCGUGUAAUCUCGUAUAACCUGCAGUUGGUACCAACUUCUAGGGAUCUCUUCUAUUGACUGGGACCACACAAUAUUGCUAUGGUAACAACAUUUACAAUGCUUCAAAUCGACCAUUUGUGGUUCAACCAUUUUUUUUUUUUCUUUUUGAACUGCUGCACCAUAUUUAGGCUUCUGUUACCAUCAAUUGGAAUGACAGUUAUGUCAAUGUAUAUUUUAUUUUGUUUCUCUUACCUUUCACAUUUCCUGAUAUACAAAUUUAAAGAAGUCAGUUUUAUAUAUAUAAUGAGAACUGAAAAUAUUAAAAAGGAAAGCAAGAAUGAACUAGGGACAUGUUUUAACCUCCUUCAUGCAUCAUGGCUGAGAGCAGGACUAUUCAACAACAAUUGUGCCCAUUUAUAAUCAAGCACUUAUCUGAUGACACCAGCUUGUGGUUUACAGAUCAUUUUCUUGGGCUACAUUUAUUAUUAAUUUAUAUAUUCUUUCUCCCCACUUCUCUCCCAGUGGUAAGACAAUCACUUAUUAAAGACACCUGAAGUUAUCUUCUCAGCAUUUAGACUUCAUGGUGUUUUUGUUUUUUGUUGUUUUUUUUUUUUUUAUAAAUCUCUUUGGAAUGUCUACAACAAGGAAACUGUUUCAUGUGUCCUAAACGUCAAUGCUAAAACUUGCAAUAAUAGCUAAUGUUUUAUAAUCACCUUAGUAUUACACCAACUUAAUUCAUACACUUGAUAUUUAGCAAACAACAAACAAAAAAAUUCCCAUUUUUGUUUUUAAUUGAAAAUAACAUCUUUUGGAUUAAAUAUAAAUUUUAUUCAUCAAACAUUUCAAUCAUGGUGUCAUUUCUAGUCAACCAUUAGUCAUUAUUGAAAGUGAAUUUUUUAAGAGUUUUUUUUUUCAUCCCUUACAUCAACUAUGACUCAUUAGUAGGCAUUUAUGAAAGAUUUUUUGAAGAAUAUAUUGUUUCAAUAUCAGUCAUUCAGAAGGAUAGGUUCUAAACGAACUAACGCUAACGAGCAUUUAACAUUUUGGGUCUUGCUCUGGUAUCAUUAGAACACUACGCUUCUCUUAUCUAUCACGUUGAUUAUUAACACACUGUAAUGCACGUCCUAUGCAAAAUAUAUAUAUAUAUAUAUUUUAUGACUAUAAUUUUUCAAACUAUUAACCUCGUCUUUUAGAGAUGGAAAACGUUUUAAUAUUUACAUCUACGCAAACAGAAAAAUAAAAAUACUAAUAAGGAAAUUUAUAAAUCUUUACAUGCAUCUGAAUAUAAAAGAAACAAAAAAAAAAUAACACAAUAAUCUGAUGAUACAUUUUAAAAUAUGAUUUAGUUAACACUAGGUUAUUUCUGAUCUUCCCAAGAUGCAACUCAUUUCUGAGAAUAGGCGGAACAUCAUUGGCACCAAGAUAAGUGUUACUUCUCCUGUGCGUGUAUCAUCUCAGGUCAUUGUUUAACCAGUGUUUCCGGAAGGUUUGGGUAUUUCUCUUGUCUGCAGAUUUUCUUUGCAAACAUUUGCUCAGUAAGUGUAGUACAGUUGUGUCGGUUGUGGUUGGUACAUCAUCUCUGUCUCGUUUGGAAUAAGGUUCAGGAAAGCAUUCAUUACAUUGCCACAUCACCAAGAAUAUCUUGAAGAAAACGUAUCCAGAUGUAACUGCAUUUUUGCAUCUCGUGUGUGUGUGUGUGUGGUGUCAUUAGCACCACUCUUCAUCUUGUCUAUUUCGUGCAGUUUUGUAAUCGCAACAAAACAGAUCCUCCUUUCUUGCUGCUUUGUCUCUCACCAUCUUUCUGGCCUUAUUUCUCCUUCCUGUUGCAAUGGUUACUAUAGUUGAGAUAUCGUUUUUCUUGUUUCUUUCACCUCCCCACAAUUACACUGCUGCGGCUAGAUUCAAACUCUUUGCUUGAAACGCUGUCAGGAAUGUCCUCAAUCUUUUUCAUUUCAAUCAAUAAUUCCCGCCAACUAUUUUCAAUUGUGGAUUAUUUGAUCCUGCAGAAGUCAUAGAAAACAGUGGUAUGCUCUCUCUCUUUUUCUCUCUCCCCACCAAAGUUAUAAGUGAUUAGAUUAUGUCCACUUUGUCGUGAUUGGAUGUAUAUUUAUUUUUCUCCUUCUCCUCCAUCUCCACAGCAUAAUAAUGAUCCUAGAGGGUUUGGAGAAUUUUUCACGACUGCAGUUUCUUUGCAAUCAUUGUAUCAUAGAAGUAGCUCAAUUCUGUCUUUUGGAAUAGAAUUCAGGAAAAUACUGUAUGACAUCUACCCAGGGUAUCUUGAAAGAAAACUCAACCAGAUCAAUCGUGUCUCUCUUCUACAUUUUCUCACGAUAUCUCCGACCAUCUUUUCUCCUUCCAUUGCAACUAUCAACUGAGCUGUCCCUUUCUUCGUUUCAUUGACCUUCCGACAAUUACAAUGCUGUUUAACCAUGUUUCUAACUUUGGUGCCUCGUUUUAAUUGCAAUGGUCACCACCAGAAAUGAGAUAUCCAUCCUCUUAUUUCACUUCCCAACACUUGCUGUCCUGUCCAAUCUUUCAUAUGAUAUGUCGUCAGCUCUGUCCUUAUUGAUAUUCUCACCAGCUGUCUAAAUUCCUGUAUCAGUGAUCACUGAUGUACAAGACAUGACUAUCAACAAUGUAUUUAAUUUAAUUACUGGCAGCUGUUUGUGAUGUAGGAGUAGGUAUGCCCUUUUAUUUUUUUACCCCCACCUCUUUCGGAUGAUGCAGAAAGUCACAAGUGAUUGACUUGGGAGGUGUUACAUUCUGAGAAGUCUUCAUCACUUGGUCACCUCGACCUCUGUCUGCCUUUGAAAAUGGUUUCUUUCAGCUGCUCAGAUAAAUGGUAUGCUGGUGUCGUUGUAGUAAUUAGUUUUGUAUAUUUCGUUAGUUUCCUUUUAUAUAUAUUUUUUUUCCUGUGCCUUUUGGUCUCUUGCUAACUUUGCACAGUCUAACUUACAACAUGGAGUAGCAGCAUUUAUUUUUAGGCUAUGACCCCUCCCCCUAGUAAUGCUACUGCUAACUAGUGGACAAUGACAAACAUAAACUGGAAGAUUAUCUUUGUUCAUAUUGAUCAAAUGUAUUUAAACGGUUAGUCAUCUGGGCUGAGUGGGUAUUUUUUCACCAAAUACUUUUUUCUUUAUUUUUGUUGUAAACCUGUUGGAUUUUGUCUGUUUCUAUAGUAACAGGGGUGAGUCUGUUAUUUAUUUUUUUCUUCUCACCCUACCCCCCAUCUCCAUAAAGCUAAAUAUUUCCACUACAGUGACUUUGGAUUCCAACUGUGAUUGUCUUAAGAACUCUCAACUGUUCUUCCUUCUAUUUCUUAUCUAUCACUGAAGCCUGUCACCAGAGACCAGGAAUGAGGAAGCCACACUUACAUGUAUUUCUUCAAUCAUCAAUAAAGAAAAAUAAAUCGAAAAGUCA